AUGCCUUCUGUCACAGCCAUAACAAUCUUCAUCUUUGGCCUCAGCGCCUUCAACCACGGAGUCAGCAACCUAAUCUCACCUCGCAAGGCUCUCGCUGCGAAACAGUUGCACGAGUCAGCUCUCCCCGCUCUCAAUGGCUUUUCAGUGGCUAUUAUUGGAAUCGGCAUCUACUAUAUGCUUGCUGCGUACCAAGAGAACCGAGAAUUCUUUGCUCUGACACUUGCACGAUUUAUUUCCGCGACCAUCUUUUGGUUUCAAGGACCUGCCUGGAGAGUCAUUGCUACGUGGGAAGCCGUCUCAGCUGUGAUGACAGCUGCGGCACUUGUUGGAGAGGCCUACCUUGCAUGA